UUCACAGCACUUUGCAUCAGCACUUUGUGCUGGGCAGAGCUUCCCCUGCACCCAGGCAGCCUGGGUGAGUGGGGCAUGCUGGACAACCCUCAGCAGCAGCACCCAGAGACGAGCUGGGGGGAAGCAGCCCACUGCUGAGCUCUGGGGCAGGCACGUGAGCUGGACUGAGUCUGGCACUGCAAGCCUGAGAGCAAAGCAGAGAACUCUUUGUGGGAAUGCCCCUUGCAGGGACUCCUGCUCCUGUUAAAAGGAAAAAGUCCACUAAACUCAUUGGGAAGCUGACACAAGAAGUCAUGCCACAAGAGGUGUCCAAGCUGAACCUGGGGAAGAAGAUCAGCAUCCCCAGAGAUGUGAUGCUAGAAGAACUGUCUCUCCUCAAUAACAAAGGAUCCAAGAUGUUCAAAUUACGUCAGCUGAGGGUAGAGAAGUUCAUUUAUGAGAAUAACCCUGAUGCCUUCACCAACAAUUCUAUGGAUCACUUUCAGAAGUUCAUCCCACCAGGAGGGCAUUACGGGGAAGAUGCUCAUGGCUAUGCCCACGGGCGGAUGGUAGGAGGAGUGACAGCUGGGCAGCAUGGCUCCGGUAUGCAGCAGCAUCCCGCUGUUCCUCAUGGGCCUGGAAGCAAAAGUGGCCGUGGGGACAAUGAAGGGCAGUAUGUUGGGGAAUCAGCUGGAACCGGUGGAGAAGGACGUGAUGGUACUGAGAAAGAUGCAAAAUCAGGAGGCAAAAAAAUCACUAUAUUUAAAACUUACAUCUCCCCUUGGGAACGAGCAAUGGGUAUCAGCCCUGAGGACAAAAGUCAGUUGACUAUUGACUUAUUGUCAUAUAGCCCCAAAGCUGAUUUCCCCCAUUACAAGUCUUUUAACCGGACUGCCAUGCCUUAUGGGGGUUUUGAGAAAGCAGCCAAACGGAUGACCUUCAGAGUGCCUCAGUUUGAUAUUGGCCCUUUGCUUCCAGAAUCUCUCAUGAUUUUUAAUCAAAAUUUCAGCAACAGACCCUCCUUCAACAGAACCCCAAUACCUUGGAUGCCUUCAGGAGAUUCUGAGUACCAUACUGAGCUCAAUGUGCCAAGGAGUGGUGAAACAGAAGAGCUGUAAAUCCCCAUCUCUAAGGCCUUCCUUUCUUUCUGAGCCUUUUCUAUUUGCAAGUUGAUAGUAAGGAGCUGAAAAGUGCAACUCUAGUUCUGACAGCUCUUCCUUUAUUUUGCCCUUAGCCCAAACAAGUUCCUAGCAGGUUCUAAACUUAUCUUCACUGUAGUGUUAAUCCAUACCAGAAACAGAAGGAGAGUUUUAUUCACCAGGGUAUAAAAAGGCAAAACUAGGAAGUGUUUUUCUGUUUAGCAAUGCUAAAUACUGUCUGUCUGCUCUGCCAUAAAUCUGUUUUGUUACAUAUUAAAGUAAUAAAACACCAACAGGAAAAAAA